GUUCUUAGUUGAUACCGGGGCGGAAGUCAGCGUCAUUCCCCCUAUGCCAGGUGAGCCUACCGCUUCUCUGUCGACAAGCCUCAGUGCCGCCAAUGGCACGCCAAUAGCCACCUAUGGUCAUCGGUCACUUACCCUGGACCUAGGUCUUCGGCGCACUUUCCGCUGGGUAUUCACUGUCGCUGCAGUCCCCUUUGCCAUCAUCGGCAUUGACUUUCUCAGGCAUUUCGACCUCUUGGUCGAUGCGAAACGCCAGAUGAUAGUCGACACUGCAACAAAACUCAGCGUACGUGGCAUCACCGCCGAUGUCACAUCUAUAUCCCCGGUCUAUGCAUUUCCCCAGACCUCGUCAGACUACGCUAAUCUCCUUUCUCAGUAUCCCAAGCUCGUUCAGCCAAUGAACGCAGCUUUG